GCGGAAGGAAGCUCGUUGGGCGCCAUAUUUAAUACAACAGGAGCUAGUUAGCGUUAGCUGUUUACAAGCCCAAACUUUUACCCUGACACGGAAAUCUAAAGCAAGGCUUGAGUUUACCCGAAGAUGAAUGUAAUAGAUCAUGUGCGGGACAUGGCUGCCGCCGGCCUCCACUCUAACGUCCGGAUCCUGAGCAGUUUGUUGCUGACGAUGAGUAAUAACAAUCCGGAGCUGUUCUCGCCGGCCCAGAAGUAUCAGCUGUUGGUUUACCACGCUGAUGCCAUCUUCCAUGAUAAGGAAUAUCGUAACGCUGCCUGCAAAUACAGUAUGGCCCUGCAGCAGAAGAAGGUGCUCAGCAAAACUUCCAAAGUUCGCACUUCUACCGGUGGAGCGGCAGCUAACCUACAGGCACAGAGUUUGCCAUCUGAAAUUGAGGUGAAGUACAAGAUAGCUGAAUGUUACACCAUCUUGAAACUGGACAAAGAUGCUAUUGCAGUGCUUGAUGGAAUUCCAUCCAGACAGAGGACUCCAAAGAUCAACAUGAUGUUAGCUAACCUGUACAGGAAAGCUGGUCAGGAGCGUUCUGCUGUGACAAGCUACAAAGAGGUUCUGAGACAAUGUCCACUCGCCCUGGAUGGAAUCAUAGGUCUUCUCUCUCUGUCGGUCAAAGGCGCCGAAGUUGCGUCCAUGACUAUGGAUGUGAUCCAGAGUAUCCCCAACCUGGACUGGCUCUCUGUUUGGAUCAAAGCUUAUGCCUUUAUACAUGCAGGGGACAAUCAAAGAGCCAUCAACACCAUUUGCUCUCUGGAGAAGAAGUCUCUCCUGCGGGACAACGUGGACCUCCUGGUGAGCCUGGCAGAUGUCUACUUUAGGGCAGGGGACACCAAAAAUGCCAUCCUCAAAUUUGAACAAGCUCAGAUGCUGGACCCGUACCUCAUCAAAGGAAUGGAUGUUUAUGGCUACCUGAUGGCACGUGAGGGACACCUGGAGGAUGUCGAGGUGUUGGGAGGACGACUAUUUAAUAUUUCAGACCAGCAUGCUGAACCGUGGGUGAUCUCUGGUUGUCACAGCUUUUACAGCAAGCGUUACUCCAGAGCCCUUUACCUGGGAGCCAAGGCCAUUCAGCUGAACAGCAACAGUGUCCAGGCUCUCCUCCUGAAGGGGGCAGCACUGAGAAACAUGGGCCGUGUUCAAGAAGCCAUCAUCCAUUUUAGAGAGGCCAUGCGUUUGGCACCAUGCCGACUCGACUGCUAUGAAGGCUUGAUUGACUGUUACCUGGCAUCCAAUGGGAUUCGAGAGGCGAUGGGAAUGGCUAAUAACAUCUAUAAGACUCUUGGUGCCAAUGCACAGACUCUGACCAUCCUCGCCACAGUGUGCCUGGAAGACCCUGUGACUCAGGAGAAAGCCAAAACCCUGCUCGACAAAGCCCUGGCCCAGAGGCCCGACUACACCAAGGCUGUGGUCAAAAAGGCGGAACUGCUGAGUCGGGAACAGAAAUACGAAGAAGGGAUCGCUCUCCUCCGGAAUGCCCUGGCCAAUCAGAGUGAUUGUGUCCUGCACAGAAUGCUGGGAGAUUUUCUUUUAGCCGUCAAUGAUUACCAAGAAGCCAUGGAUCAGUACAGCAUAGCACUAAGCCUGGAUCCCAAUGACCAGAAAUCUUUGGAAGGCAUGCAGAAGAUGGAGAAAGAGGAGAGCCCAACAGACGCCACGGUGGAGCUGGACGGUGACGACAUGGAGGGCAGCGGAGAGGACGGAGACUUGGAGGGCAGUGACAGUGAAGCAGCCCAGUGGGCUGAUCAGGAACAGUGGUUUGGAAUGCAGUGACCCCGGGCCACUGAGGCAUGCUGGGUCAGUACCACCUUCUAACACGCUGCAGCCUGUGGAGAGCCCUUAGCCAUCAGGGGCGUCAAACAGAACAGAGGGGGGGGGGGGGUCGUACUGCUCCGCACACCUCACAUGACCACAGAGGUUUACACCGAGUGACUGACGUUGCCAACUUUAUAGACGAAUUUGCAAAUUUGUCUGAUGUCCAUGUUUGCAGUACAGCUACAGGAAGCACUUCAGUGCUUUUAUGGAAAUGUACCUUAAUGCAGAACUCCAGCCAUUUUUGAACCUGAUGCUGUUUUUCCACCAAACAACAGUUUUACUAGUGGAGUUGAUCGAGGCUUGUUUACAGCAGUGAAGGACAGUCCCACAGCACCAGCAGACACGGGGUACAUCCACACAGCUGAAAAUACAUUACAGAAACUGAGAUGUUUGGAGUUGAUUACAUCGACACAACCACUUGCUGAUUGGCUCUUUUCCGUCACGACGUAGCCUUCGACGAUUCAUCAGGCUCCUAUCACAUGACCCCCUUCUGCGAGAAAACAACUUGCAUUAGCCUCAGCUAACAGUGUAGAACGCAACGUGGAUCAUCAAUUACAAGUGUUGCUGACCCUGUUGUCUCUGUUGUGCAGUUAAAUUCUGCAUUUUACAGUGAUACAACUAUUUCCAUGUGUAGGAGACAAGCUGUUAUUCCACCAUCUGCAAAUAACAUCCAAAUGCUUCCUGUGUACACUGGCAUGCGCAUGCCCAGUGUACACAAGUGGUCAUGUGAGCAUAGACAGGGAUUAAAACUGGUAUGGAGCCAAAACGCUUGUGUGGACUGAGUUCUAGUUUGAAAAUACUGUUUUCUAACAAACAUAGUAUGGAUGUAGUCUCAGUAUAGAACAAUGUGUCAUUUAAAAACCAAUGCUACUUUUCUCCAGCUUGUUUUUGUCUCAUCUUUGCUGGCUUAUGUAUCACUGAUCCAGGUAAUGCAACUGAAGUAUAACUUCAAAUUGAACAAACUCAAAUCAGUGCUUUAAAAAAAAAAAAAAAAAAAGACAUGUGAAGACCUGCUUUGGGUUCUUUGAGUCUGGAAUCUGCAGAGGAUUCUGGGAAAUGCAGACCAUGAAGCAGUUAAGAUUGUGGUGGUGGUGUGAUAGGAAAUUAGGCUUAGGGCAAAAAUGGCUGGAGUUUUCCAUGAUGUGUUACAGGAGUUACUUUUGCAAGAUUUUUAAUUUGUGUGUUUCUUGAGCCUUACAGACUGACGUGCCACAUAUCAAAAAUCAAAUAUCACAGUAAAGGUUGUGAGUGUGUCGGUACUUUGUCAACCGUCAAAAUGUCUGUUAUAAAGUGACAAUGUACCAUUCUCCUGCUGCCCUUUUAUAAAUUGCAUUAUGUUUAUUCUGUCACAUUGAAGGUUGUGUGUCAUGUAAUGUCUACUUCUUAUUUGUGUUAUUUUUUUGUCUGCCUUUCUGUAUCAAAAUAACUCAAUGAUUGACUCAUUCUUAAGUUGCAAAGUGUAACUCUACCAUUUCAAUUCAAUGUUUAUAGUAUUUUGUACAUAUUUUUAAAAUGUAUAAUAAAAUUAUUGAACUCA